AUAAAAAAAAUAGAAAAUUAAUUUUCAUACUGAUUUACGGAUUCUCCUCCACCGCCAUCUUUCCGGUGCCACAGUUAGUCGGUGGAGAAGCUACCUUCCCAUUUUGUUUUCCCCCGUCAACUGCCGCCUCUUAGCUUCAUCCCCAUUUCCUCCGCCGAUAACCAACACUUAUUACUUAUUAUCACGCUACCAUUUUGGCUACUAACACCUAAAAAUGGCGGCUGAAGAUUCGGUUGAUAGUCCUGUAGAGUAUCUUCACGGCGACCUGGACUUGAAUAUUGUAGAAGCUCGGAGCUUGCCGAAUAUGGAUUUCGUCACCGAGCAGCUCCGUCGGUGUUUCACGGCGUUCGAUGUCUGCCGGAAGCCGUUUGCUGGCCGGCGACGGAAUGGACGUCGCCGCCACAAACAGAAAAUCACCAGCGAUCCGUACGUCACGGUUUGCCUCGCCGGGGCCAGGGUGGCGCGUACCGGCGUCAUUUCCAACUCCGAGAAUCCGAUCUGGAACAGCCACUUCAAAAUACCCCUGGCUCACCCUGUUACCGAGGUCCAGUUCCAGGUGAAGGACGACGACGUUUUAGGCGCCGAUUAUAUCGGCGUCGCCGCCGUGCCUGCGGAGAAGAUAAAGUCUGGUGAGCUCAUAGACGACUGGUUCCCGAUCAUUGGACCUCGCGGAAAACCUCCAAAAACUGAUUGCGCUCUCCGAUUGAAGAUGAAGUUCACUCCGUUUAAUGAAAAUCCGGAGUACCAGAGCGGCAUUCCCGAAAAUCACGGUCUAAACGAGAGUUAUUUUCCGGUGAGGCACGGAGGCUCAGUGACGCUAUAUCAGGACGCCCAUUCGCCGGACGGCAUGUUGCCGGAGAUCGAAUUGGAAGAGACGAGGGUUUUUCGUCACGAAAAGUGCUGGGAAGACAUAUGUCACGCUAUACUGGAAGCUCGUCACUUAGUCUACAUAGUAGGGUGGUCUGUUUAUCACAAGGUGAAGCUGGUGAGGGAGUCGGAAAAGCCAUUGCCGGACGGCGGGAAUCAGAAUCUCGGUGAUCUGCUCAAGUACAAAUCGCAGGAAGGAGUGAGGGUGCUCUUAUUGGUUUGGGAUGAUAAAACUUCUCACGACAAAUUCUUCAUUCACACGGCAGGAGUGAUGCAAACUCACGACGAAGAGACUCGGAAAUUUUUCAAACACUCGACUGUCACUUGCGUGCUGUCACCUCGAUAUGCAAGCAGUAAGCUUAGCAUUUUCAAGCAACAGGUGGUGGGAACUCUUUAUACGCACCAUCAGAAGUGUGUCAUUGUGGAUACACAAGCUAAGGGAAAUAAACGGAAGAUAACAGCUUUUAUUGGAGGUCUAGACCUCUGUGAUGGGCGCUAUGAUACCCCUGAGCAUAGACUCUUUCGUGAUCUUGAUACUGUUUUCCGGGAUGACUAUCACAAUCCCACGUUUCCUGCAGUAACCAAGGGACCAAGGCAACCAUGGCAUGAUUUACAUUGCAAAAUUGAAGGUCCUGCUGCCUACGAUGUGCUAACAAACUUUGAACAGCGAUGGAGAAAAGCCACAAAAUGGUUAGCACUAGGGAGACGUUUAAAAAAGAAACCUAAUUGGCAUGACGAUGCUUUACUUAAGAUAGAGCGGAUUUCAUGGAUUAAUAGUCCUUCAUCUGUGAUUCCAAAUGAUGAUCCUUCGUUGUGGGUCUCUAAGGCAGAUGAUCCUGAAAACUGGCAUGUUCAGGUUUUCAGAUCUAUAGAUUCUGGGUCGUUGAAAGGAUUCCCCAAAAACAUUCACUUAGCCGAGUCACAGCAUUUAGUUUGUGUGAAAAAUGUGGUGGUUGAUAGGAGUAUCCAAAUGGCAUACAUUCAAGCGAUAAGACGUGCCAAGCAUUUUAUUUAUAUUGAAAAUCAGUAUUUUAUUGGGUCAUCAUUUGCUUGGCCUUCCUACAAAAAUGCAGGUGCAGAUAACUUGAUUCCAAUAGAGCUUGCACUCAAGGUUGCAAGUAAAAUCCGGAAUGGGGAGCGAUUUGCUGUUUACAUUGUCAUUCCAAUGUGGCCCGAAGGUGUCCCUUCUUCUGCAUCAAUGCAAGAAAUUCUGUAUUGGCAGGGGCAGACAAUGCAAAUGAUGUAUGAACUUGUUGCUCGAGAGCUGAAAUCAGCUCAACUUGAAGACUCACAUCCUUGUGACUAUCUAAAUUUCUACUGUCUUGGCAAUCGAGAAGAGCAGCAUGAAGAAGAAGAAGAAUCCAAUUUGAGCACACAACCACCUUAUAAUGAUAACGGGGUCUCAGCUUCUCAAAAAUAUAAAAGAUUCAUGAUUUAUGUACAUGCAAAGGGAAUGAUUGUGGAUGAUGAGUACAUCAUCUUGGGAUCUGCUAACAUUAACGAAAGAUCUAUGGAUGGUUCGAGAGACACCGAGAUUGCUAUGGGUGCAUAUCAGCUACACCACACUUGGGCAAAAAGGAAAAAACACCCCCGUGGUCAGGUGUAUGGUUAUAGAAUGUCCCUGUGGGCAGAGCACUUGGGGAUGACAGAAGAUAGUUUCAAGGAACCCAAAAGCUUGGAUUGCGUGAAGCGUGUAAACAACAUUGCUGAAAAUAACUGGGAGAGAUACACGGCUGAGGAAUUCACCCCAUUACAAGGUCAUCUUCUUAAAUACCCGGUCCAAGUAGAUACAAAUGGGAAGGUUAGCCCCUUGCCCGGACACGAAAAUUUCCCUGAUGUGGGUGGUAAAGUAUUAGGGGCUAAAACCGCCCUUCCUGAUGCUCUAACAACUUGAACCAACAAGUUACCAAUUGCCCUUAUUGUGCACUAGCCUUUCUGAAGUGGAUUUUUUAACAUUGAAUUUUUUGGCCAAGUUAGCAAUUUGGCCAAGAACACAAGAACUUGUUGCAUUUU